UCUUCCUUCCAUUGGUUCACUCCCCAAAUGGCACUAUGGCUGGUGCUGCGCCAAUCCAAAGCCAGGAGCCAGGUGCUUCCUCCUGGUCUCCCACGCGGGUGCAGGGCCAAGCACCUGGGCCAUCCUCCACUGCCUUCCCGGACCACAGCAGAGAGCUGGACUGGAAGAGGAGCAACCGAGACUAGAACCCGGUGCCCAUAUGGGAUGCCAGCGCCACAGGCAGAGGAUUAACCAAUUGAGCCACGGCGCCAGCCCCCAAGGUUAUCAUUUUGAUAGACACUUAAAUCUAUCCAAACAGAUCUUACAAAUUUUGAUUGCAUUUUAGUUUAUUAUUUUUCACAUUAUUUGAAAUGGAGAGAGAAAGAGGAGACAGAGAAAGAGAUCUUCCAUCCUCUGGUUCACUUCUCAAAUGCCCACAACAUCCAAGACCAGGCCAUGUUGAAGUCAGGAGCUCAGAAUUCAACCCAGAUCUCCCACAGAAGUGGCAGGGACCCAAGUACUUGAGCCAUCACUUGCUGCCUCCCAAGGUGAACCCUGGCAGGAAACUGGAUGAGAAAGAGAGAAGCCAGGACCUCUGACAUAGGAUGCAGCAGAUUAGCCAUGGAAUCUUUCUCCGCUGAGACCAAUUCCACUGAAUUAUUCUCACAGCCUUUGGAUAACCCCCUCAUGAUUCUCUCUAUGGUCCUUCUCAGCCUCACUUUUUUAUUAGGGCUGCCAGGAAAUGGACUGGUGUUAUGGGUGGCUGGCCUGAAGAUGCAGCGGACGGUGACCACGGUUUGGUUUCUCCAUCUCACAGUGGCAGACUUUAUCUGUUGCCUCUCCUUGCCCCUCUCCCUGGCUCACUUGGUUCUCAACGGAUACUGGCCCUAUGGCUGGUUCCUUUGCAAGCUCAUCCCCUCCGUCGUUAUCCUCAACAUGUUUGCCAGCGUCUUCCUGCUCACAGCCAUUAGCCUGGACCGCUGUCUCGUGGUCUUCAAGCCAAUCUGGUGCCAGAAUCAUCGCACUGUCAAGACAGCCUUGACUAUCUGUGGGUGCAUCUGGGUGAUGGCCUUUAUAAUGUGCAUUCCUGUGUUUGUGUACCGGGAAACGUUCACCUUACAUGGCCAUGAAAUGUGUGGCUACAAUUUUGAUCUCUACAGCUCACUAGAUUAUUCAGACUUCCCCUUUGAUCUCGAUUUCCUGGAAAACGGGUCUUUUUACAACUACAUUGUUCAGCUGCCAGGAGACAUGGAUAAUGGGUUAGAUCCUUCCUCUAUCCAAACAGAUGAGCAACUGUGGACAGCAACCAUGGACCUCCAUUUUCAAACAUUUCAAGGACCUUUGAGAGACUCAUUCCCCACAAGAUUAUCUCAUCAACCUCCACGUGAUAAUUUAUUCAAGCCUACCAGUGUCGUUCCACCUACAGUUCCCAAUGGGUUUCCCACUGAAGAGCACGGAACUAACCCACUGGAUCAUUCUGGUGCUUUCCUGCCUACUGACUUAGAACUUCUUCCUAGUACUUCUGGACAUUCUUUAUAUGCAUCUGAACUAUCGCAAGAUCUCCAGUAUGAUUAUUUAGAUCAAUAUAAACAUGUCAGUCAACCCCUGCUGGUAAUAACCUUCACAAGGUUAGUGAUCGGUUUCCUACUGCCCUUUGUCAUCAUGGUGACCUGUUAUACUUUCAUUGCCUGCAGAAUGAAGCAGGGUCGCUUUGCUAAGUCAGGGAGCAAAACCAUUCGCUUGGCCAUGGUGGUGGUGACUGUGUUUUUUGUCUGCUGGGCUCCAUAUCACAUGGUUGGAGUCCUGUUAUUGUUUUUUGAUUCAGAAACUCCCUUUGGGGAAACACUGGUGGCCUGGGACCAUCUAUCCAUUGCUUUAGCAUCUGCCAAUAGUUGCUUCAAUCCCUUCCUUUAUGCCCUCUUGGGGAAAGAUUUCAGGAAGAAAGCAAGGCAGUCCUUGCAGGGCAUUCUGGAGGUGGCCUUCAACGAGGAGCUCACACACUCCACCAGCUAUACCCGAAACAAGGCCUUUUCAGAAAGGAGCACCAUCAGCACAACUGUGUGAAAAUCUGGAGCAGAGGUUCUGACCUAGCGGGAGACAUUCCCCACAAGAUUAUCUCGUCAACCUCCACGUGAUAAUUUAUUUAAGCCUACCAGCAUCGUUCCACCUGCAGGAUGAGGGACAUGGUGGACAGAAGAAUGUGGAAACCUUCAGUCGAGUAUGGUCUCCAAGUAUGGUCCUGGACCACUGCCCUCAGCAUCACCCGGAAAGUUGUUAGAAAUGCAAAUUCGUAAGCCCUAUCACAGACCUGUCGAAUCAGAAUCUCUAGGGGAUGGGGCCUGGUAGGGGUUUUAACAGGCUUUCAUGUUUCUGAUUAACACAUAAUCUGAGAAGCAUUUCUACCUCAAACUAAGCCAUGUGAGAUAAAUGAAAAAUCAAACCUGUUUUUUAAUAUUUCCAUCAUUACAUUUUUUCCUUAAUAUCAUCUAAACCCCCUUCUAGAUUAAAUUUAAAACAGCAGGGGAUGGUCCAAAUGCUUGGGCCCUUGCUGUCUCUGUGGAUGGAGUUCCUGCCUCCUGAUUUCAGGCUGGUCCAGAGCUGGCUGUUGCCAUUUUGAGAAUGAUCCAGCAGAUGGACAAUCUCUCUCUCUCUCUGUCUCUAUCACUCUGCUUUCAAAUAAAUAAAUCUUCUUAGAAUACCACCAAAAAAUUUUAAUUAUUAGAAGUAUCUUUCGGGGCCAGUGCCGUGGCAUGGUAGGUUAAUUCUCUGCCUGUGGCACUGGCAUCCCAUAGGGGUGCCAGUUCUAGUCCUGGCUGCCCCUCUUCCAAUCCAGCUCUCUGCUAUGGCCUGGGAAAGCAGUGGAAGAUGGCCCAAGUGCUUGGAUCCCUGCACCCAUGUGGGAGACCAGAAAGAAGCUCCUGGCUCCUGGCUUCGAAUCAGCGCAGCUCCAGCUGUUGCAGCCACCUGAGGAGUGAACCAAUGGAAGGAAGACCUUUCUCUCUCUCUCUCUCUAACUGUCUAUAACUCUUCCUCUCAAAUAAAUAAAUAAAAUCUUAAAAAAAAAAAAGAAGUAUCUUUCAUGCCAAAAUUACCAGAUGUAUCUUUUGGGUUUUAAAAUUAAUAAUCUUUACAUUUACCAAAGUAAUAUAUGUGCAUAGUUUAAAAAUAAUUCAAGGCUGAUAGUGAAAUAUAAAAGACCACCUAUUCAGUUCUGCCCAGACAACCCUUGUGACAAUUUUAGUUCUUCUGCUAUUUGCCAUGUUUCUAAGUCAUGUGCUUCUGUAGAUAUGAUGACUUCUUGCUUUGAAAGGUAAAGAUGUUUAUUCAAAUCCCCAUAUUUUUGUGUAUGUACCACAACAGUCAUAAUUAACCAUAUUUUGUCUAUGACCACACAUUUUUCUUCCAAUUCCCACACAUGACAACCAUUUAUAUAGGUUUUUUUCUAUCCUAUUUUUUUUAAAAAUUACCCAGCUUUCAGUAACUUUUCAUUUUUCUCUAUGUAUAAACUUUAUGUAUUAAACCCCUGAAACACCAGGUGUACAUGUACCACAAUAUACCCUCAUCCAAGCUAAAAUCAAUGAUUUAAUCCAAGAAAUAGAAAAUGACUGUGGUUUAGUCUUGCAAGACAUUAUUUGUACAGCAGUUGAAGUGAGGGGUCUAGACUAGAUUUGUUAUAAAAUACAACACAUAGAAAUUUCAAAUCACUAGGAAUUUUUUUGGGUGUGAGGCAAUAAUGUCUGACACAUUUUCAAUGCUACUUUGCCAAUUUAAUUUGCUUAGAUGUUCAAUGUGAAUAAAUGUGUUUUUCUCAUGGUUCCCUGCAAGGCUCAUUGAUUCACAGAUCCUUUUAAUCGUUUGACACUCAGAAUAUGUCCCAAUCUCAAAAUAUGGAGAAAAUAAAUCUCAGAGACAAUAAACUUGUUAUAAUAAGAAUCAGUCAGGAUCUGGAAAUCCCAACGCAUUCCCUAAGACUCAGCGUGUAAAUUCUGAACUCUUAGGGCUAGCGUAUAGGAUGUUAGGGAUAUUAGGAUGAAUAAACUUGGCAUGGUUAUAAGGACUUAAUGCACAAUGAGUAAUUGCAUUUCCUUUUGAGAGUGCCAUUUACUUUGGAAAUGUACUCUGAAGAAAUUCCUACAGUUUACGAUCCCCACAGUAGAAGAUGGUCCAAAUCCUUGGGCCCCAGCACCCACGUGGCAGACUUGCAAGAAGCUCCUGGCUCCUGGCUUUGGACUGGCACAGCUCCAGCCAUAAUGACUAUUUGGAGAGUGAACCAGUAGAAUGGAAGAUCUCUCUCUCUCUCUCUCUCUCUCUCUCUACCUCUCUUAUACUGCCUUUCAAAUAAAUAAAUAAAUCUUAAAAAAAAAAAAAAGCGGCCGGCGCCGUGGCUCAAUAGGCUAAUCCUCCACCUUGCGGCGCCGGCACACCGGGUUCUAGUCCCGGUCGGGGCGCCGGAUUCUGUCCCGGUUGCCCCUCUUCCAGGCCAGCUCUCUGCUAUGGCCAGGGAGUGCAGUGGAGGAUGGCCCAGGUGCUUGGGCCCUGCACCCCAUGGCAGACCAGGAAAAGCACCUGGCUCCUGGCUCCUGCCAUCGGAUCAGCGCGGUGCGCCGGCUGCAGCGGCGGCCAUUGGAGGGUGAACCAACGGCAAAGGAAGACCUUUCUCUCUCUGUCUCUCUCUCUCACUGUCCACUCUGCCUGUCAAAAAUAAAAAAAAAAAAAAAGCAUACCUUUUAACUCUUUCCCAUGCAUCUUACAAAAACGUCUGGGAGUUGGUGUUUGGCUCAGCAGUGAAGACAUCACAUGGGGUGUUUGCAUCCCAUCUCAGAGUGCCCGGUCCAAGUCUCAGCUCCUCUUCCAAUUCCAGCUUCCUGCUAAUGCAAACCCUGAAAGGCAGCAGGUGAGCCCUCAGCGUGGUUGAGUCCCUGCCACCCACACAGGGACAUUCAGAUUGAGUUCCAGGCUCCUGGAUUUGGCCUGGCCCAGCCCUGGCUAUUUGUGGGCAUUUGGGGAGAGAACCAGAAGAUGUGAGGUUAUGCGCCUUUCUCCCUGCAUCUGUGUCUGAUUUUCAAAUAAAAUAAAUAAAUAAUCACUUUUUAAAAUGUCAGAGUCAGGGCCGGAGCUGUGACGUAGCAGGCAAAGCCUCUGCCUGCGGCACCAGCAUCCCAUGUGUGUCUCAGCUGCUCCUCUUCCAAUCCUGCUCCCUGCUAAUGGCCUAGGAAAGCAGUGGAAAAUGGUCCUACUUCUUGGGUCCCUACACUCACAUGGGAGACCCAGAGAAGCUUUUGGCUCCUGGCUUUGGAUGGAUUAGCUCCAGCUAUUGUGGCCAUUUGGGGAAUAAACCAUCAGAUAGAAGACCUUUCACUCCGCCUCUCCCUCUCUGUCUGUAGCUCUGCCUCUCAAAUAAAUAAAAUCUUAAAAAAAAAAAAAAAUCAGGGUCAAUUAAUUAAACCCAGUAGCAGGAGGUGCAAAAGGCGUUAAAGACCAAUCAAACCACUAUAUUCCAAAAGCUGUACCUAUGAAAUUUAUAUUAAAUGAAAGUUUUCUAAAAAUAAUAAUAAUAAAGUAUACCCUGCAUUAGAAAAAAAAAAGACCAAUCGAAACCAAAUAGU